AUGAAUAUUAUUUUAGCCGGAAUUAUGGCCUUAUCUACCGUUGGUUCCCGGAUUACAGUUAAUGCUGUGGAUGAAAUUCAAGUGCAAAUGCAAAUGCGAGAGGAAAUACCACCUUUCACUAGAAUUGGAUCAGUGGCUCCAUCCCUCCCCAGUAAUUUGGGAACGAAACUUCAUUUUCUCACUGACAGCAGUUUCUUCUCUGUGACACCUAAUACUGGAGAGGUCAGAGUUGCCCGAUCAGUUGAUCGUGAAAGACUGUGCCCGGAAUUUAAAUUGUGCUGUGGCGUAAUAGCCUGUCAGAUUGAGGCCAGGCUAUUCGUCACCAACAAAGCUACAGGAGACUUCGCCGUCAGUGUUAACCUCAAGGUGGACAUACAAGACCAAAACGAUAACCGUCCAACUUUCAGUCAACCGAAACAAACUGUAAGCCUUUCAGAAGCAUCCCAAGUUGGAACUUAUAUCAGUCUGAUUCCAGCUGCGGAUGCCGAUAUUGAGCCUGCAAACCAGAUACAACGUUACACCCUGUUAGAGCCAACAGGGACGUUCGUGUUGGAUGUAACAGAGCUACCCGCAGUAAGAUUGCAGCUGACAAGGCCACUGGAUCGUGAAUCGACUUCCAGUUAUACAGCAAGCUUAGAAGCAUGUGAUCCGGGUGCUUGUGCUCGUCAAACUUUGGAUAUUCAAAUACUGGAUGAGAAUGAUAAUAAACCAACUUUUACAAGCACUCGCAUCACCAAACGCUUAAUGGAAAACAUUAAAGUAGGCACUGUUAUACUUCAUCUAAAUGCAACAGAUCCGGACUCAGGAGACCGCGGACGUGUCUUGUACACAUUACAUGGCAACGUUGAUGCAGAUUUACUGGACAUGUUUGAAUUCGUUCGAGAUACCGGUGAGGUGCGGCUGAAAAAACCACUUGCUGCGAACAUCCGGGAUAACUACCGAUUCAAAGUGGUCGCAUGCAACGCGAUUAAUCCAUCCUGUUCCGGAGAUGAGAAUUCCACAGCCGACGUAACGUUGCUCGUAGAAGAUAUUAAUAAUUUUGCGCCCUCUAUUCAUGUUGUCCCGUCUGGAGGUGCUCUAAAAGCUGCCGAAGCGAAUCCGGAAGAAACUGACACCCGAGGUGACGCGUCCUUUCGAGAGGGACUCCGUGUGUUAGAGAACAAUCCACCAAGCCAGGUUGCAGUGCUCACUGUAAAGGAUGAUGACCUGGGCGAGAAUGCACGAGUUAACUGCAGAUUGAAUGUUAGCGCCGGAAGUAAACUAGACCCAAACUAUUCCGAUGAUUUCAUUUUAACACCUAGUGCACCGGGUAUAUAUUCUCUGCGAGCGGCACGCAUGUUUGAUCACGAAGUUGAGCCGACUGUGAAUACCAGAGUUGUUUGUCAUGAUUACGGAAAGCCACAACAGCUCACUUCUGUUCGUUUGAUUACUGUAAACGUGGUUGAUACGAAUGAAUUUCAGCCAGAGUUUUCCCGACGAGUUUAUGUCGGCCGCGUGCCCGAGAACGCGCCAGCCGGUAUGGAGAUUGUUACGGCCACUGCAACGGACCGAGAUAGGGGGGCUCAACUGCAGUAUCACUUUGCAACGCCCGCAGAUCAACAGGGGCAAUGGGAAGCAACGCAGUCAGGACAGAAUACGCGAACCAUUAGUAAGCAAAACUCGGACGAGUUAGGAGCGAAUAAGUACUUCACAAUAGAUGAAGAGAGUGGAACUAUACGUACAAGUCAAAUCCCACUUGAUCGGGAAGUGAUGUCAAGCGUUACAUUGACAGUUCUGGUUACCGACUCCAAACUACCACCCAUAUUUACUGCAACCACUACUGUGUCAAUCGAAAUACUUGAUGAAAAUGACAAUGCUCCGGUUUUUGUCAACCCUCCAACCACUGAUGUAGUGCAGUCUGCAACCGGGUUACGAGUAGGUCGACGGCUGAAGUCAUUUCAGGUGGUGGAAAAUGCGCCAAGAUUUACGCGCCUAAGUGAACAGCUCAGUGCUCGUGAUCCAGAUCAGGGUGACAAUGGCCGUAUCCACUUCUCUUUGGUGGACACUUACGCAUUUACACGAUCAGCGCAUUUUAACCAACAGUCCAAUAACCAGGUGGACCUUGCGUCCACACUGGGAUCUAUUGAAGAGCAGCUUCCGUCGGAUAUCACUGGGGAGUUGGGAUUGUCAAGAAAAGUUGUGGAUCAUCCAAUCUUUCAAAUCACUCCUGACGGGGGCAUAGAAACGUUGGUGGAACUAGACCGAGAAACUGUCCCAACUUAUAUCCUAAAGGUUAGUGUGCAGGAUAGAGGAGUUCAACCACUGACAAGCACUGCUAUGAUACGCGUAGAUGUAUUGGAUUCAAACGACAAUGCUCCGUUCUGGAUUUUCCCCACUCCUAUAGAUAGGACUAUCAAUAUAACCACCGCAAUGAAACCUGGAAGCCUUGCGGGUCGUUUACGCGCUGAGGAUGCAGAUGAGGGUGAUGCAGGUAGGGUAGAUUACCUAUUUCUGGGACCAAGGGGUGAACCAUUAAAAGCAGUAAGCUUGCACGAAGGUCUGUUAAAUGGCCUGUCUCAAAGUAAAGGCACUGGCAAGCAGACAGAGACAAUGCCGAAGCGACUAUCUUCGUCAAAGACAGAAAAGGUUAAAGAAAACGGAUACCGAGUUGGCCCACUGUAUCUGAAUGGAUCGACCGGAGAAAUAUGGGUAGCGCAAUCCCUCACUUCAGGUACCAUAAAUUUACAUCUGCGGGCACAGGAUAGAGGCACACCGAAGUCCCAAACAGAUGCGUGGCUUACAAUGAACGUUUUUCUUGAUCCUAGCGAGGACCCAAGCUUCUUCAGUUUCGGAGCGGACGGUACUUUAAACGUUACUAUAAUACUAGUGAUGAUAACCAUCACUGCUAUCGUCUCGUUGUUCCUAAUAAUUGGUAUCGUCUGUGUUCGGCGAAGACCAGUUCGUUACUCACAAGCAAGUGGUAAUGCCUUGGGUGAAAGAACAUCUCCUGCGAUCAAUGCAACUGCAGGGUAUCCAGUGGAUUAUAAUAAGGAGGCAAUGACUACGAAUAUGCCCAAUGGAUCAUGGCCAUCCCCGUUGGGGAUUUAUCCCACACCUCAAUAUUAUCCAAACCAAGGAUCAUUGGGAAGUCCGGUGUUAGAAGACGGACAGAUGUUCACAACGAUGGGCGGUCCGGGCAUGAUGGGAUAUGGUCCGAUGAUGACGCCUAGUGAAACUGCCAGCCUCAUAUACAUGCAACAGGCCCCGCCGCCGCUGAUUGCAAUGGGCCAUCCAGGUGGUACGGCCAUGAAUCCAAUUCCAACAGAAAACGGUAUUGGGCUCGUGGACUACGUCGGUCAUGGUCAAAUGCACUCAUUUGGGACAUUGACAAGAAACCGUGGGUCCAACGCCGGAGGAAUUUAUGCUGGGUCCACAGCUUGUGGUGUACCUUAUGAGCCACAUUUGGAUGCGGAAAGUGGAGACUCCGGGCGCGGACCAUCGGAAGAGGGAAACCAAUUUCUGUUUUCAGAAAAUUACCGAAAUGCUCUAAACAUCCCGGGAACGCUAGGCAAUCAUCCAUACAAUACUUACGCUGGAUACCGUCCAUCGAGUCGCACAGGUUGCUACAUAAACGCACCAGACAGCUUUAACGGGAUGGUAAAACUUCACAAUAUGAACUGUCCGACUGCGAUUUCUGGGGGCCCAUGCACCUGCUACAUGCAUCCCGAACAAAAUGUGGUCUACUCACCAGUUCACCAGCAGCAGCAGUUGUUUAAUCCAAAUGAGUAUAAUCCAGCAAUAUACCCAACAAGUUUCGUGACGCCAUUACCACCAGUUCCGCCUCCGAGAAGUCCCCUAGUAGGUCCCACAAAAGGAUCAGCAGAACACCAGAGAAAUGCUGUGGAAUCGG